UCGGCUAACCGUGUUUUUGCUAACUCUGGUUCACGGCCAAGUGCGCGAAUUCUGAAAUAUGGUCGAUUUGAUCACUUUUAAACAUGAACUGACUCUCAUCGUGACUAACCUGGCCAAGGCGGUGGUGACGGAGAUUUUUACCGCGGCGGAGAAAGUCUCUUUGAAUAAACAAAAUCCCAAAAUCGAGGAAAAAGUCGGCGCUCUGGUCGACAGUCUGUGUGUUGAAGCUGUUGAAAAAAUCCUGAAGAUCGUAGAGGGGGGCGCUGUGGAGCAGGAGGAGACUCCAGGAGACCUGAAGGAUCCGCCUGAGUCUGAGGGGGGCAGUGAAUGUUCCAUGACGGCAGCUGAAGGUGAAGAUGGCGGUGGUGAGCCGCCCCCCACUGAACAGACCUACAUCCUGGUUUACGGGAGCGCUGCUGCCGACUCCAGGUGUCUGCUGGUGUCACUGCAGAGCGAUGCUAACGCUAAUGCUAAUGCUAACGCUAAUGCUAACGCUAAUGCUAACGGUGAAAGUAAAACAGCUGCGACAGGUGAAGCCACCACUCUGCACGGCGAGGACUCCCCCUCCUCCCCUCCCCUGCAGGCCGAUUUCCCCGACCACAAGUACGCUCGGCCGUCCUCGCCCCCGCCUGCCGCCGCCUCAACCACGGAGCGCGGAGUCUCUGCAGCACGCAGGGGGAAACGGCGUCUCGGUCGGCGGACAGAAGCUGCCGACACGUGUCGGACUGCCGAGACGACAGAAACUCACCGCCGGUGUUCGCAGUGUGGGAUGCUGUUUCCCAACGCAGAGCGACUCUCCGACCACGAGAAGAAGUCUCACCCGGCGUGCUCGGUGUGCGGGACGCCGUUCAGCGGCGUUCUGAGACUGCGCGAGCACGAGAUCAAAGAGCACGGGCUGCUGCCGUACCCCUGCGACUACUGCCCCAAGAGGUUCAACCACAAAGCUCACCGCAACCUGCACGUGAAGGCCCGACACACCGGAGAGAAAACCUGCCACUGCGACAUCUGCGGGAAGGGCUACUCCUGCAUCAGCGUGCUGAAGACGCACCGGAUGACCCACUUCGAGAAGACCUUCAUCUGCGACGUCUGCGGGAAAAGCUUCUUCCACGCCUGCCACCUGACGCGCCACAAACUGGUGCACCAGGAGGUCCGGCCGCACCGCUGCUCCACCUGCGGGAAAGGCUUCACGCAGGCCGCCAACCUGCGCAGCCACCAGGCGAUCCACACCGGAGAGCGGCAGCUGUGCUCCAUUUGCGGCAAGAGCUACCGCUGCCUGAAGAACCACGUCAUCAGCAAACACUCGCACGAGCUGCCGGCCGACGAGCUGCCGACCGGAGGCGCCAUCAUCACCUGCGAGGUGUGCGGCAAGAAGUUCCCCAACCCGUCGCAGUUUAAAGUUCACCAGAGGAGCCACACGGGGGAGAAACCCUUCCACUGCGACAUCUGCGGGAAGAGUUACCGCCUGAAGGAGCUGCUGAGGGACCACAGGUACACCCACACAGGGGAGAAACCCUACAGGUGUACCCUCUGCUCCAAAAGCUUCAACCUGGCCACCAGCUUCAUGAGGCACCGCAGCAUCCACACCGGAGAGACGCCGUACAGCUGCCUCGACUGUGGGAAACACUUCCGCCUGCUCACCUUCCUGAAGGCUCACCUGCAGACCAAAGCUCACCUGAAGCAGACGCAGCAGAGGCGCACGCUCACCUCCGAUCAGACUCUUCCAGGUUAGAUACACGGCCAAAAGUACGUGGACAGCUGAGCGUUCCCGCCCCGUUAAUGAACGGGAUGAAAUGAUGUUUGGAUCAGAUGAUCAGAUCUAUCAGCAGAUUAACUGAGGAUCGUUAAGGUCGUAAAGGUGAUUAAAUCUAUUGUACAAACACAAAGGUGGGAUUAAAUGUCGUAUACAUCCUUUAAUCUGACCUCUGGUCUGUAGAAAAACACACAAACAGAGAGAGGCUGCUGGAUUACAGAGAGGAGGAUCACUUAUCAUGUGAAUCAGGUCCCAUCAGAUGCUGCUGAGCAGAUUAACGUUCUGAUGGAAACAGCAGUCAGAGAUAUUGACGAGCACGUAAAAGGUCAGAGGUCACUGAAACCAGCAACAACACGCUCACACCAGUGGUGGAGGAAGUAUUCAGAUCCUUUACUUCAAAUACCACAAAGUACAAGUCCUUCAUUCAGCAUCCUCCUGUCAAGGUACUGACGUGUCAGCAGAGAGCAGUGUGUUUCCAGCUGCUGGUUAAACUUCAUCUUUAACAAACAAACGAAUCUGAUUCCAGCAGCACUAAUUUAAUCCUCUAAAAGGGUUCAGUGUGGAAACAAACAGCUCUAAUAAAACAGAA